UGAAACAACAGCUGAGUCGCGUAUCUUAGUUUUAAUAGAACUAGACGAGCGGUGAGCGGUUUGCCAGUGAUUAGUUUCGUCGUAACUGCGUUAUCAGUGACAACGUAAUAUUCGAUUUUUUCUGCACGUGCACGAUGUUGGAUAGAAUAAAACAAUGGACGCUACGUGUGCUGGACUGGGGCAACACGGAGGCUGAGGGCGGUUGCCGGGAAGAAGCCCUGGAAUCUGCCCUUAGGAGUCUCCAGGAGUGUCGACUGGACCCUCGGGAGCUACCUAGGCCUCACCGCCACGAUACAUGCGGUAAAUACUGUAGUGCAGGAGAGAGUGACGAGGAGGUACAGGGAAUGGACUGCAGUUGUCGGAACUGUGCUCACCUCUCCAGUCAACUGCUGGAGUGUGCUAUCUGCCUGGAGCCCUUGGCCGCCCCUCAGAAUCGUGGUGUCACCUCGUGCCUGCAGUGUGGCAACAUUGCUUGUCUGGCCUGCGCCUCACGGCUGCCGCGGUGCCCAUACUGUCGCACAGACCACGGUCUCGCACCCAACAUCGCCCUUCAGAGGCUCAUCUACAAGCUGGACAUCCCUUGUCGCAAAAAUAUGCUGCCAGUUCGCUGUCCCCACAGGAAGUGUGAGUGGAGAGGAGACAUCAACAGUCUAGCUGCUCACCUGGAACACAUGCACUUGGUUACAAUCCUGAAUGGUAACUCAGUAACCCUUGACAUCGCAGAGUUCCAGCGGAAGGCACAACUAAGUGAAUCUCGUUCUCGUCACUACUCUGUCCUGCUCUCCUGUUACUCCGAUGUGUUUGUGUGCAAGGUCGUCCUCUACCACGGUAAGCUCAAGGUGGUGUUGUCUCAGCUAACUCGCACUCGACAUCUUCGACUCGCCGCUUGGGUGGAACUAUCAUGCAUCUCUAAAACCGUCCAAGGCAUCAUCCCGUUGUCCAAGAACAAGUCUGACAUCGAAGUUCCAGUGUCUAACUUUCUACCACCUGCAACUGGGAGUGGAGAUCGUGUAUCAAUCUCGAUCAACAUCAGACCAUUCAACUCAUGAUGUGGAAAUCCCACGCAUCAAGACAUCAUUUGAUGACUCAUGUUCCUCAGAUGACUGACUGAAUUAGGAUUUUGAUCUACUUUAAGUUUGUCUCAUUACAAGUCUUAUUUCUUUUACACAAAAAGACCAACAAAGACCUUGUAAGAAGUUUUUUAUUUUAAUUUUGUGCUGUUUUAAAACAAAAAAUUUAAUUAAUUAUAUAGCUUUCCAAAUAAUAGAAAAGUUUUUAUUAAUGUGGUGGAAAGUAUGUCAAACCAUUUAAAAAAAUAUAUUUUACUAUAUUCUAGGUAUGAAAUUUGUUUCUUUACAAAUUUUGUUUAAUUUUAUAGAUUUUGUAUGCAAGCUACAAUGUACGAUUUAAUUUAGCUUGGAAAUCAAUAAUAAUGUAUGUGGAGUUGUUCUUGCUCAAACCAACUAUGAUUUAUGUUACAAUUCUUUUCCUAUAUAUUUAUACUAGUUUGUGUUUUAUGUAUUGUUUGUACUUCUGCGACAAUAUGCCUACUAUAUAUAAAGUAUUUUAUAAAACCAAUCAAAUGCUGUGAUUAGUUUAAGGCAAAGUUCAUGUUGUAUAGUUUUUAUAUUAAUUUUUGGAUAGUCUUUCAUCAUAGUUUUAUAAUAUUUAUAGUGUUACGCAAGACAUGUUGUUGAAAGCUUUAUUGCUUUCAUAUUUUUAUCAAUAAGGUCACUAUGUUAUCCAAAGUUGUGUUACCAUGAAAGUUAUAGCAUCCCGCAAAUAAAGAGGGUUCUGGUGAGGUUUCCACUGGGUCAUUCCUAGGGUUGGUGGCACCCGGGGCAAUCUUAUCCUCGGCAAUUCCCACCUCCCCCCACAUGUAAAAAGUUAAACUCUCAUAGUUAUCUAAAGGGAAAAGAACACUAAGGAGGAAACUGUUUGAUAUUCAGAAUAUUGUUUUCGUGCCCCUUAAGCUCAAAAUCCGUAAAGUAAGUGUAAACUGUGGUUGUAUUAUUAUUAUUGUUUUUUGUUUAAUCCUAAAACUGCAAUGCCCCCUCUUUCGGCGUACAGUUGUGGUGCCCCUGGCACCUUGCCUCCCCUUCGAACAGCCCCCUGGGUUCCUAUGUCCUGCUCAUUUCCUACUUCCUCAAUGGUGCUAUUUAUUUAUGUAUUUUUAAACUAUCACUUUCAUGUAAAAUUUAAAAAUAAUUGUUAUUUUUCAUAUGAGGAUAAUUUACUUUUUAUGAGGACUAUUAAUAGGAUACAAUGAUUUAAUAUUUUAUUUAUCAGACAGUAAACCUACUGUAAGUACUUAAUGAGAAUUACAAUAAAUAAAUAAACAUACCGUUGUAAAAUAAGAGUGAUUUAUUGUGUAAAACAUUUUUUUAAACUUAUUGAAGCAAAAAAUUUUGUAUACAAACUGUAGUUGUUUGGUUAUUUAAAUAGAAGAAGUGCCUAUUUAACGUAGUAAAGUAGAUAAAUAGGGGAAUACAAAAACUCUUUCAAUUUAUGCAUUAUGGAGUAUUGUUAUGAUUGCAACUAAAGAAGAUUAUGUAUGAAACUUUAUGAUAAAAUCUUUUUACAUUGUUUAAUACUAUAUAACCUCACAGCAAUGAUAAAAAUAUCCAAAUAUAUCUGUUAUGAAGUGUUUAUAUAUCGAGUUUACAAUUUUAAACGUCAAUUAUCUAGUCUAUGUAAGAGACUGUUUCAGUGGUUAAAACGUUCUAAAACCAGGCAACACAUGUAAUGUUUAUGUGUAGAAUAAAAAAGUCAAAUAUAACGUUUGCUACAUUUUUAAA